AUGUCGCGAGAGGGAAACAAAGAAGGAAUGGAGCAAGGAAGAGUGUCCGGAGACAGCAGGCGAGAAGAGAGGAUGGAUGUGCGAAGGAGGGAUGUAGGUGUGCAAGUGAAUAUGGAUGAAGAAAGGAUGGGCAACUCGGAAGAUGAUGUGCAGACGAAGGAUUCUCAGACCUCAAGGUCAGGAGAAGUUGAGCCCUCCAUUCUGAGCACAGCUGCAAAACGAGAGCAAAAGAAGGGUAGAGGCCGUCGAAAGGCGAAGAAAGACAGGUUGUGGCAGGGACGAAAGGCUAGUCUGGGGUAUGGUGUUGGUUCAAGUUCUGGUAGAGGGAGAGUCAAAUGUGUGAGCUGUGGAAGGCCGCAUAAGGGAGUGUGUCUUGCACGGACAACAGCAUGUUUCACGUGUGGACAAGAAGGGCACUUUGCGCGUGACUGUCCUACUUCGCCCAGGGUGGAACAAGCCCAGCGGUUCGCUACCAGGAAUGUAGGUCAGGCCAGUCACCAGGGACGUAGAGGAGCAGACACAGCGGACACAGUGAUGCCAGGUAUGCUCACUUGUUCCUGUUCUGUUGUUUUGUGA